AUGAGCGAAGUGCCAAGAAGGGAGAGUCCAUGGGGGAUGCCAGAAGGAGACACUCGCCAACCAAAGGCUCAUCGAUGCAAUGAUCGAGCUGAGGAUGUUGUCCAGGCUUGUUUUGAGGGAAACCCAUUUAAGACAGUUCCAGGACCUUUCAAGCUCUUUUGGCAAUGCAUGCGCUCUAAACCUGGGGAGGAACCAACAGAGCCUUACACCUAUUUGCAAAUUGAUCCCCCAAGAAGAGAGCCAUAUUCAUCUAAUAAGAUCAUCGAGACAAGUGAUGGGUUUGCAAUAGUUCUUGAACUCUCUGAAAAUGACCCCUUUUUUGAUAAAAAGAAGAAUUUACUACAUAAGAAGGGUUUUGAUAUCAGGGAACAAGUGCAGCUUCAGAGAUCUUCAUGUCCUGAUGUAAUUGCAACCAUCUUGGAAAGAAUACUUCAGAUAGAAAGAAUCUUACACUUAGAUGAGCGGGCAGACGAUGGCCAAGCAAUUUUGCAGGUAGAGCUAUAUUUUGGCGAGGUCAACAACUGUUCAUCACUUGAAUAUUGGAACCCCAGGAAUGAGGUGGAAGCUCUCAAUUCGUUACUUUCACUCAGUAACAGCUCCUUCUCUAGUGAAAAACAGAAGGAAAUGAAUGUCUUGCAAACCUUGCAACAUGAAGUUUUUGAAAGGAUCCAGGAAUUCACGGACAAGAACAAAGUGGAGAGUGUUGAAGGAGCUGGAAGAGGAGCCAUAGCAACAAGAGAUCUUAAAGUUGAAGACGCUGCUUUAGAGAUUCCUGUGUCUAUUAUCAUUUCUGAGGAGCAUGUGCACAAAUCUGACAUGUAUCCUAUAUUGGAAAAGAUUGACGGCAUUACCUCUGAGACCAUGUUGUUACUAUGGAGCAUGAAGGAGAGGCACAACUGUAACUCAAAAUUCAAGAUUUACUUUGACACUCUACCAGAGGAAUUUAAGACAGGGCUGAGCUUUGGAGUUGAUGCAAUCAUGGCUUUGGAUGGAACCUUGCUUUUAGAGGAGAUAAUGCAAGCAAAAGAGCACUUGCGUUUUCAAUAUGAUGAGUUGGUUCCUGCACUGUGUAAUAAUUAUCCCGAUGUAUUUCCGCUAGAGCUCUACACAUGGGAGCUGUUCUUAUGGGCUUGUGAACUCUGCUCUUACCCACACAUUGUUCACUAUGGUAAAGUAGAUUCUACAACAAAUACACUGAAAUUCCCACUCUCAAGGCCUUGCCGUGCUGGAGAGCAAUGCUGUCUUAGCUAUGGGAACUUAUCUAGUUCCCAUCUAAUUACAUUCUAUGGUUUUGUGCCUCAAGGAGACAAUCCGUAUGAUGUAAUUCCAUUGGAUAUUGAUGUUGGUGACACUGAUUGUAUUGAGGAUUGCCCAACGUCGAGCUGGACUUCUCACAUGGUGAGGGGGACUUGGAUCUCAAACAACCAUAAUAUAUUCUAUUAUGGCUUGCCAUCUCCAUUACUAGAUUAUCUACGCAGUGCUCGGAGUCAUGCGCCACACAUCAAGACCAUUGAUAUAUCAAACUUGGAGAAUGAAAUAGAAGUUCUCGAAGACCUCCAGUCAACCUUCAGUAGCAUGAUGGAAAAUCUUGGUGACACAGAUCUUGUUGACAGUGAUAAUGCUAGCUGGGAUGUGAAGCUGGCAUUGGAGUUCAAAGAUCUACAAAGAAGGAUCGUCUCGUCAAUUUUAACAUCAUGUGCUGCAGGUCUAAACUUGGUGCAAGUGAAGAAGAUGAUGGUAGUGAACAGUUUCGAUCUAUGGCAAAAAGAUGCUUUCUUUUCUGCUGCAGAGGAGGUUCAGGAAUCUGCUGAUGUAAUGGAAUCAGCAUACAGAAUGUGGAUAAGAGAGAAGAGAGAGGGGUCAAAAGCAGAGGAUUUGGAUGAACUCUCCAGAGAGCUCCAGAGAUCUUUAGGUACUGCCAAAUGGCAGUUGGAGGAGUUUGAGAGGGCUGUUCGGUUGAGCCAUGGACAUCGUUCUGAUGAUAUCACAGCAUCUAGACAUAAACAAUUUGUCGCUGCUAUUGAAAGUCAAAUAUCUCGUGUUGAAGCAGCACUAAGGGAAGCUUUUGGAGCGGAAGGAAAGCAAGCUCUUCGAUGGGUGAAUCUGGAUAAAGAAGAAUGUGAUGAUUUAGCCAUGUUUCUAUCUGGAACUAUCCAAACUCCACAGAUUGUGAAAGAUGAUUGCACCACACUCAAAUCUCCCACAAAAGGUUCUCUUGGCGGGAACCAUCACAAGAGAAAAAAAUUGGACCAUAACUCAGGUGCUACCUGUAGUAGAGGUACUUCUGAUGAAAAUGAAUUCAUUACUGAUAAUAAAAAUGGAGAAUUUGUUAUAGAUAUAGAAGAGAGGGAAAAUCUUGGAACGAGGGAUGAUAUAAUUUGUCAAGUUGAUAAAACAACUGGCUCAAGGAGAACAUGGAGUCCACCAAAUUUUGAUGCUUUGAAAAUUGUGAUUGCUCGUGAUGACAAACAAAGGGACAAAGUGAUGUCAAGUGUUGAGGCCACUCCUAAAGAAAAAGGGCACAAACCUUUCUUUUGGAAGCAAAGGUGUGGAGAACAUUCUUGGGCAAAGGGAUCAAUUACUUCGUUCAAUCAGCUCUUUGGUCAGGCUGGUGGUCUCCAAAGGCAAUUGCAAACUCCACUGCACCUGCAGUUCAGCUGUUCCGUCCAACUUACUCUUGCUUUAAUGCUCAGUAUUUUCUUAAUUGUUCCUUUUCUGGUUUAUUCAGCUUGA